AUGAAAGCUCCCGGGCGCGCAGCGAAAAAGACUGAUUCCUUGUUGGCUGCGCGGCGAUUGAAAUCAGCCGAAGAGCAGAGACGCGCCUUGGCGUGCAAUCAAUCGCUGCUUGCUUUGGCGCGCGCCCCGCGUCCGUGUGUGCGUAUUUCUCGUUUCGCGUGCGCUGUGGCUAUUGGGCUGCGGAACUGCGGCGCGCCCCUCCCUGUUUGCGUUGCUCGUCUGGCACCGCUGUUGACGUUACUUUUGGGAGUAAAUACCUCGGAUAUUUACACGAGUAUGUGUCGUAUUGAAUGCGUGAAAUGGAAUGCCAAGGUGCCCAAAAGAAAAUUGUUUCCCCAGCUUGCUUACCACCUGCCCCUUGUGUCUAAACUUGGAUGCGUGCAGGCGGUGCGCACGCUGGGCUACGUCGGCUUCGGCUUCUCCGCCGACGGCACCAUGACGGACGCGGACAUGGUCAUCGGCUGGGUGUACAAGGACAAGGUGUUCCUGCAGAACGCUCGCAGCGCAGAAGGCGCCCUGUGCAGGAAUUUCACGCGGCGUCAUCUACAUAAAGAGCGUUGCUCGCCUUCUCCGGUCCUUGGACGCACGCGAUUCUUCGGCGUCGGCCACGCGUGCGCCGGCGGCAGGUGGCGCCGCGAAGAGGACUCUCCUGUCGGGGCGGGUGGCGUGCGCGCGUGGGAGCCCGUGGGUGUGGCGGCGCGGGCGGCGGCGGGCUGGACAAUGUCCCGGGCGCUCGCGUGUCGAGGCGCAACGGCGUGUCGGCUCGCGCAUCGCGUAGCGCUCUGA